AUGAUAACAUACCGUCAAGCCCAGCUAUCAGAUCUGGAUCAAAUCCUCGCCAUAAAUGCACACUACAUUCUCCACACCUCGCUUACGUUUAUGAGAACCUCACCUCAUAUAGGAACAUAUGUCGAUAAAUGGCGUGAUCUCCAAGCCCGAGGCUUACCGUACCUUGUUGCUGUAGAGGAUACGAACACGAAAGAAUUAGAUGUGGUGCUUGGAUAUGCGUCUUUUUCACCAUUUCGAGGACAUCUUCUUUCCUAUGCACCGACUGUGGAACUGAGUCUGUUUGUGCAUCCGGAUUAUCAGUCACGUUCUAUUGGGUCUGGGUUAUUAAAUGAAUUAUUUAAUCUUGUACGAAAUGGGAAGGUGCAUCAUGUUGUUGAGGAAAGUGGUCCUCGUGAUAUGAUUGGAUAUGACGACUCAGAGUCGACUGGAGAUAAUAUUCAAGUUCGAAAUAUUAUUGCUGUUAUGGCUGUUGAUCCUGAGGGUAAAGAUGGAGGGGAAGAAUUGAGAAAAUGGUAUACUCGGCGAGGGUUUGUGGAGAAAGGAAGAUUGGAGAAAGUUGGAUUUAAAAGAGGUCAUUGGAUUGAUACGGUUUACUUGCAGUAUUCUACAUCCUAG